UAAAAAAUGUGGCAGACAGUGUGCUGCACUCGUGUGCACUCGCUGCACGUGAAAAGGUUCAAUGAGUGCCUUAAGCCUCGAUUUUGUGUGAUUCCUAGAAUCAAAAAAUAACUAAAAUUCACCAUGAAAAACUUUCGGGGAAAGUGUGUAAAAUGCUUGAGGCUGAUUUCAGUCGAGCCUACAAUGUGGUUUUAUAUGAUGGCAUUCAUGACCACUUCUGUGAUUGAGCAAGCUUUUUUUGUUCACAAAGCGUGUCGAGUGGAUCAUGGUUUAAGCAAGGAAAUUUGUAGGAACCUUACAGAAAACAAGGACCUAAACACUAAAGUACAAAUAACCGUCUCCAAAUUCCAUCAAUGGAAUAAUAUCGCAUCACAUGUGUUUCCAAUAAUUCUAGCAUUUUUUAUUGGAAACUGGAGCGAUCGUCAUGGGAGAAAAUUAUUACUCAUCCUCGGCUUGUUUGGAAAACUUAUCUAUUCACUUAUGAUAAUUGUAAAUUCUCUGAUACUAUCAUGGGGCAUAAAUAUGAUUAUUUAUACUGCUAGUAUACCAUCAACUUUAUUUGGUGCAGAUGUAGCAAUUUUUGCAUCCUGUUUCGCAUACAUAUCUGAUGUUUCAACUCUUGAACAAAGGACACUCAGAGUGACAAUUUUGGACGCUGUUUAUUUAAGCGCGAUGCCAAUGGGUAUCGCUCUUGGUUCAUACCUAUAUAAUCACGUAGUAAAUUUUUCAUUUACAAUUAUGUUUGCCAUCAAUUCGUCUCUGCUUAUUUUGUCUAUUAUUUAUUCACUUUUGAACCUGAAAUGGCAAACAAAUGUUCGUCAAGAGCCCUUAAAAGGAACCAAUGUGUGCCUGGAUUUUUUCGAUAAAAAGCAUGUUAUUGCAACAAUAAAAACUUUGGCAAAACGUCGAAAUUUUAAUGGAAGACAAUUUUUGUGGAUUCUUUUAUUAGGAAUGAUGCUUUACACUUUUCAAAGAGAUGAAAAGCAAAUGAGCUUUUUGUAUACUACGCUUAUUUUUAAAUGGAAUGUCGCAAACUUCAGUACUUUUAGAACAUUCCAAUCGACCUUGUAUGUAAUAGCUAUGCUCCUGGGAGUUCCAUUAAUGAGCAAAUUUUUAAAAUUAAGGGACACUUCGAUCAUUGUAAUUGGCACCCUAUCACAUGCAGGAGCAAGGGUAAUAUUUAGUCUUGCAAAAAUACCAGAACUCUUUUAUUUCGGAAGUCUUGUUGGAGCCUUGGGCCCAAUAGUCGCACCAGUAUUAAGAUCCAUGAUUUCGAAAGUUGUUCCAGCAGAAGAACGAGGAAAAAUAUUCUCGAUUCUGUCAGUUUUUGAUAAUGCGGUACCAUUAUUUAGUGGAGUAUUAUAUUCCCAAUUGUACAAUGCAACUAUAGAUACAAUGCCUUAUUCCAUUUAUUGGUUGACAGCUGCUUCUCAAAUUGCUGUUUUAUUAUUAGUAUUAAUAAUUCAUUUUUCGAAUGGAUCUCAGCAUCUAGAUCACGAAAGUCUUCCAAUUGAACCUUCCCUAUCUAGAACAACAUCAAACGAUAAAUUAGAAAGUGCAUAAUUACACUAAUGGAAAUAAGUUAUUUUAUAAUGUAUUUUUUAGUAAAAAAAUUGCUUACUGUUGUUAUAAAUUGUAUAUUUGACAAA